UCCCAAAUUUGCGAGGGCCUUCCAGCACCCAUUUCUUUUUUUAAAACCACCAUAAACUCUGGGUUUCUUUCAAUUUUACUAUUAACCCUUUUUUUCCCUCAAAUCUUGCAUGAUUUACUACUUUCCCCCUCAUUCUCUUCUCUAAAAAAACUCGAUUUCUCUCUGAAAAUCAGGGAGAAAAAUCAAGGGAAAUUGUGCGAAAGAGGUAGCUUGAAUUACAGAAAGAGAGAGAAAAUGUUGAACCCAGUUCCGGUUGUAAACACAUACCCUUUAUCAAGCUACACUUUCGGCACCAAAGAGCCUAAGAUGGAGAAAGAUACUUCUGUUGCUGAUCGCCUUGCUCGCAUGAAAAUCAAUUACAUGAAGGAGGGUAUGAGAACAAGUGUGGAAGCAAUUCUACUGGUACAGGAGCACAAUCAUCCACACAUACUUCUUCUCCAAAUUGGAAACACGUUCUGCAAACUUCCUGGUGGUCGGUUGAAGCCAGGCGAGAAUGAGAUUGAGGGUCUGAAAAGAAAAUUAUCCAGCAAGCUUGCUGCAAACUCUCCUUCUCUACAUCCAGAAUGGCAGAUAGGGGAGUGUGUGGGUGUUUGGUGGCGGCCAAACUUUGAAACUAUUAUGUAUCCCUACUGCCCUCCUCAUAUUACAAAACCAAAGGAGUGCAAAAAACUCUACGUUGUUCAUCUAUCCGAGAGAGAGUACUUUGCUGUGCCGAAAAACUUGAAACUUCUUGCCGUGCCUUUGUUUGAACUCUAUGACAAUGUCCAGAGAUACGGACCUGUCUUAUCCUCCAUUCCACAGCAGCUGUCAAGAUUCCAGUUUAAAAUGAUCUCUCCCUGAGAUUAUCCUGGGUCCAUGGAAUUCUUGCUUCCAACAGUUACCUGAGAUAGAAAUUAUAAGUUCACUGCGAAAGUCCAAGGCCUUUAUUCUCAUUCAAAUAUCGGAAGUUACUCUUAACCUUUACUUAUCACUAAUUGGAGACUUGUUAAUUAGAUUCGUCAUCUGUGCUCGGGAAUAUUUGGGACCAGUUCCUUGUGUCAGGUAGUUAUUCUUAAUUUCCUGACACAUUCUUGAACUGUUGUUAGAUUAGUAUACAACAAGGCAGGGUAGUAUUUGCAUAGUAUGUUAUACAGAAACUGUGGCGACUUUUACAGUAGCUGUUUUUUGGCAGAUCAAAUGGUUCUGCUAUUGUAAUGACUGGUCAUGAAAGAGGUAGGGAGGAUAUCUGUUUUGCUUAUUGAUGAUAUCUUUGUUUGUUACCGGUAUUUUUCGAAAUUCUGGGCAAUGCCUGAUCCUGGGUGAGAAUUCUAGCUCGAUAACUUGUUUUGUGCAAAUAUUCAGAAUAUGCUUUGCUACAGCAUCCUCUUGGUAUGUCAGGAAUCAGGUGAACAUAAAUAUGCAAGGUGUUGUACUAUUGUGAAUGUCAUGGGGAUGAACAAAGAAGUUUAACACACUCACAGAUCAAAAGAUUAAACUGGUUAUAUUAUAGCAAAGUAUAUUUCAAGGAA